AUGUCCAACCUCACAGGCUUCCCCGACUAUUUCAACCUCGCUGGCAAAGUCGCCCUGGUGACUGGAGGAUCGCGCGGUCUCGGCCUGCACAUCGCGACUUCUCUGCUACGAGCCGGCGCAAAGACAGUCUUUAUAACCGCCCGCAAAGCUCCAGGCGUGAACGAGGCCGCUGCUCAACUAAACGCUCUCCCCGGCAUCAAGGGCAAAGCGAUCGGCAUCGCCGGCAAUGCGUCCCAGACAGACGAGAUCCAGGCCCUGGUCGACCAGGUGAAGAAGGUCGAACCGAAGCUGGACAUUCUUGUCGCAAACGCAGGCGCAACAUGGGGCGGCCCAUUCGAGACAUCCCCGGACUGGGCGAGCCAGAAGGUCGUGGAUUUGAAUGUCCGCGGUGUCUUUAACCUCGUGCGACUAUUCACUCCCCUCCUCAAAGAAGCGGGAUCGCAUUCUUCUCCGUCGCGCGUCGUCAUCGUUAGUUCGGUCGCAGGGUCCAGCGUGCCCCAUACCGGCGAUCAUGGCACAAUCAUGUACUCAAUCUCCAAGGCCGCCGCGACCCACCUUGCUCGGAAUCUUGCUGUUGAACUGGGACCUAAAAAUAUCACUGCGAAUAGUCUGUCACCGGGAUUCUUCCCGUCGAAACUCGCCAGUGGUCUGAUUGAAAUCCUUGGAGGGGAGGAGGAGCUCAAGAAGUCCAACCCGAGACAGCGCCUGGGCGUGCCCGACGAUAUUGGCGCUGCCGUGUUGUUUCUUGUUAGCCCGGGUGCCAACUAUGUUAAUGGAGUUGAUUUGACAGUCGAUGGAGGUGCGCGACUUGCCCGGGGGAAGCUGUAA